UACAUAACAUGUUUAAAAUGUGUCAAAAAAAUUCAUAUUCAUUUGAUAUAACUGUACACUAAUUGAUGUGCCAAAAAAAUAGGGUGGACGUAGUUAAAAAUAUUGAAGAAAUAUUUAAAAUACAUAUAGGUAAAGUUAAAAUAAAAAUUUGAGGGUGGGCAUGUGCCUCCCAUGGGCAUAUGCUGGCUCAGCCCAUGGACAAAGAUGUGAAGAGCACAAGUACACUGUUGAAUAUAAAUUUUUUAGUAUAAAAAAUUGUAUAAAAAUAUAUGAUAGCUUAUGUUUUACUACAAGAUAUGACCUUUCAAAGGGUACACUAUCAUGGAACAUGAUUUACGUGGCGACCUCAAAUAGUAAGGAUUAUACUUUAUUGAGUUGGUAAGUAAUUUAUAACAUUAUUGCUUUUUAAGGAAAUCUGUAAAUUUAUGUAGUAACUAUAGUGACAUAAUACCAAAAACCAAUGCAUCAUAACCAAGGUUCAAAGUAUUGGCCAAGUUCGAUGUGACUUGGCUUCAACCAAACUAAUAACACUACACAUCAAGUGUAAUCUACGAGUCUCAAUUGGAUUGGUCUUUACUUGGAUACAAAUAGGUUGAAUCGGUGAAAUUUAGAGUAAAUUUGGUUUACUCAUCCAAACUUGCCACCGACUAGAUUGAUUCAUCAUUGGAUCUCAAAAAUCAAAUUAACAAGAAACAAAAAGCCCAAAAAAGGGGAAAGACAAGAUAAAGCCAUGACCUAAGCAAGAAAUUGACAAUGCCUAGAUGUAAUUUACAUAAAAAGAUGAAGAAAUUGAAAGCAUACUUGCCAAAUCAAAGUACAAGUCUUCUUGGCUUCAUAGCUACUGACAAUCGCUACUUGCAUAAUCUGUUUCUAUUAAUGUGUGAUUAUUUGCCUUUUAUCUUUAAGAUUCCUGGACUUUCCCGAAACGGCGGAGUUGUCCAAAAAAAUUGAUGGAUUUUUGGGCUCCUUUUUUUCAAUCAAUUGAUAUUACAACAUAGGAAUGUUGAGAGAUAGUUUACUACAUAAUACAUUUUUAAUGUAUUAAUGAAUUAUUCCUUACAUUUCUGACUUGUAUCUAUCUGAUAGCCUUGCCCUUAUUUAUUUUUGUGACAUACCAGAUGCUAUUCACUGGUGGGCAUUUUGAUGUGAUAGUUAUUCUAUUUUCAGGGAUGGAAAUAUGGUUGGCCCAAGCAUUGGUGCAGAAACAACUAGUGAUGUAACUUCUUCAGGAUCCAUAAAAUUGGCUGAUCUGCAAAGGAUAUUGAGUAACAUUGGGCCUGCAGCUGGAGAUCCAGACGGAGGCUUGGGAUUGGGGGAUAUUUUGAAGCCUGAUUUGAUAGUGCCAUUGGUCGAGACACUAGCAUUAGAACAACAGCUUUCGUCAUACUUACCUGAGGGCCGAUGGACGCUGGAGGAUUUAGGGGAGUUAUUACAGAGCCCUCCUUUCCGCCAACAAGUAGAUUCAUUUACUUAUGUGCUUCGAACUGGACAGAUAGAUCUGACUCAGUUUGGAAUUGACCCCAGUAAAUACAAAUUCACCGUUCUCUCCUUUCUCGAGGCACUUGAAGAUUCUGUUUCGAAAUCAGCAGAAUCCGAGGAGUUGAGAUCUCAGACUUGUAACCAAAACGAUCCAUUGGACGAGGGCCAAUAA